GAAAUAUAAAUCGCACUACUGUGUGGCGUAGCGGAGUACCUGCAGUAAAAAACACAGCUCUCGGUCGAACGAUCACAACAUGUUCGGCAAGCGACUGGACUUGACGGGGAAACAUGCGCUUAUCACCGGGGGCUCGACGGGCAUUGGUUUGGCACUUGCCGCGGAGUGCGUCCGCGCAAAGGCGAACAUCACUAUUGUCGCACGCACCGAGGCGACGCUGAAGGCUGCCAAGGCGCAGCUCGAGGAGCUGUCGCAGAAGCUAGGGACGGGCAGUCGCGUGGCGUAUCAGGCGGUGGACGUGACCGACGUGCAGAAGGUUGCGGAGGGCCUGGCGGCGGCGGUGCAGGAGUUUGGGCCGGUGGACCUGGUGGUCUGCAACGCGGGCGGCGCACGCUGCGGCUACUUCCACGAGAUUGAGCUCUCCGACUUCAACCGCCAGAUGCAGGUCAACUACUUUGGCGUGCUGCAUGUCGUACACGCCGUCUACCCCGACAUGGUCCGCCGCAACCAGGGCCACAUCGUGAUCGUGGGCUCAGCGCUCAGCACGUUCGGCAUGGUGGGGUACAGCUCCUACUGCCCCUCCAAGUACGCGGUGAAGGGACUGGCGGACUGCCUGCGCAACGAGCUUCAAGGCACUCGUGUCAAGGUCUCAUUCGCCCAGCCACCCGACACUGACACGCCCGGGUUCGUGGAGGAGAACAAGAGCAAGCCUCCCGAGACCAAGGAGAUCUCUGAGGCCGGGGCGACUCUGUACAAACCCGAGAAGGUGGCGGCCUGCCUGAUGUCGGGCAUUCGGUCCGGCGCCUACCUGCUGCCCAACCCCGACCCAGGCCUGGCGUUCCUGGCGCUGACCUCGCAGGGCCUGCUGCCGCGCUCCUUUCCCGGGAUCCUGCUGGAGCUGCUGGCGGCGCUGGUGGCGCCGCUGGUGCAGUGGGGCUUCGCAGCCAUGUUCGACCGCGUCAGCCGCAAGUUCGCGCCGCGCCGCUUCGACAAGCUGUGGGGGGGCAUGGAGGCGGCGAGCGCGAAGGCGGGGGGCGGCGGCGGCAGCACAGAGAAGGCUUCGGCCUUGGGGUCGGCGUCGGGGUCGGGGGCAGCGCUGUAAAGGUGCACUGGGGUAAAGGUAGAGCGAAUGAAAUGACGGCCUUGGUUGGCGGCCUUGCGUGUGGGUGCGGGUGUUGUCGUGUUGGCACGGCACCAAACAACGCUGUGAACUGAGCUGUGUGUGCCGUACAUACUUGUAGUAUUUGUAGCUGGCGGUGAGGUGAUCUGUGAGGAUGACGGAGGGUGUGUAAGAAUAGCAUGACGUGCGCCUUGCGGCCUGAACUCAUAGUAGUCGUCAAAUGAUGCACACGCAGGUGUGCGAGUGUGCAGGUGGCGCGUGUGGCUGUGUACCAAGUGAGAGGAGCUACCGCCAGAGGCACGCGUGCUGCCUGGGCAAGGGGUGCAGGGGUCUGCACAUGAUUGGCGCGGCGUGCACAUGAGUGUUGGGUCGGUUGGGCCAGCGCCCGCCUGGUGCACCUCAGCACCUGGUGCACCUGAACUCCUGAAGACGGGCUGAGGCCUUUGCUGUACUGCUGCAUAUGUUAAAUUUAAUGACAUGUAGCUG